UCCGAACUGGGACUAGGGGACUACAUACAAUUUUUUCUAGUCGACAGUCGCCGAGUCGCGCGAAGUUGGAGCUGGAGUUUGGAGUUGUCGGACAACACAGGCAGCUCUCCGUCAAACUCACACGGUCGGGUGUGUUCGUGGUGAAGUUGGAGCGAGUCUCUUGGAGCACUCGGUUCAUUUUUUUGUCUGGUGUAGAGUGAAGUUUUACUUUUUUUUCGGGAAAAAGGUUCCAGUUCUUUUUGAGGUCAGCAGACAACAACAGCAUCGACUACCAGAGCGCGCUGAACAUUGGAGUUGAACGAAGCAGUGGUUGCUGAAGUGGCUGCGAACAAGAAGCUCAGCCGAAGAAUAGGCUCGCGCACACUUAUUUUUGCCUUCGGUUUUUUUUUUCUCACCUUUUUUUGCCCAAGUUUGUGUAGUGUAGCUGCUGCGAAUUGAAAGUGGAUCAAAAGAGAGGUUCCCCCCCUGAUCAAAAAGUGUUGUGAAGAAGAGUUACUACUACCUCUGAGGAAAGAGCUGGCAAAAAAAAGUGAAGCAAAACGUACCUGUGUGUGUGGUAUUGGUGAAUUGUUGUGGAAUUUCGACGGGCAGAUUUCUCGGGGAGUGUGAGUGAAUAUCGCGGGUUCCGAAAUUGAUGGUUCCCGGAAACCGAGGCGCGACAUAGUCUUGAUUUGGGACUUUCCACGGUCGAUAUCGCUGAUUCGGUGGUAUCCGUUGCCGCAGGGGUUUGGAUUAAUGCAGCAGGAAAGCCCGAAGGCGUAAUCUCGUAACAGCAGCCCAAAAAAGUUAAUCGUAACACUCUCACCGCGGGGAUAACGAACGGAGACACUUGAGCAGCAACAAUGUACUCCACACACGACGUCCCGAUAUCGAUAACCAUCGCCUGAUGCUUUGGUCGAGUCGUCGCCACUAAUCGUGGUCACAGCUGGUCUCAACCCGCCCUCAACCAGUUGACGUCUUCACCGUAGGUCAAUCAGUUUUGCUGGAGGUACGUCCCAGUGUUGAUCACCUCCGCGGACAAACGCACCACACGUUGACCGCGUGACCGUUCGGUUCGGUUCGGCACGCAAUGUCGGAAGGAUUCGGUGCUGGCGGCCAGCAGCAAGACGACCUCCUCCUUCAGCAAUCGCAGCAGUCGCAGUCGCAGGGUUCCGGCGAGUACCAGUGGUCCUCGUACGCCAUGAUGGAUUCGUCCCGGGUCUCGACCUGUCUCAUCUCGAUGCUGCUGAUCGUGUACGGCAGCUUCCGGAGCCUCAACAUGGAGCAGGAGCAGCGCGAGAAGGAAAAGAAGCGUCAAAGCGAGAGCACCAACAAUCUGCUGACCGGCGAGCCGAUCCCGCCCGAGCAAACUUUUUUCCCAGAUAAAUUCGCCACACUCGACACGAUGCAUGCGCUCUGUCUUCCGUUGGGGGCCUCGGUUUCGCUGCUCAUUAUGUUCUUCUUCUUUGACUCAAUGCAGAUGCUGUUCGCCGUCUGUACUGCCAUCAUUGCCACCGUAGCGCUAGCGUUUCUGCUCCUCCCGAUGUGCCAGUACAUCAUCCGGCCCUGCUCGGACGGCAACCGGAUAUCCUUCGGGGUGUGCGGACGCUUCACGGCCGCCGAGCUGUUCAGCUUCUCGCUGGCGGUUUCGAUCGUGUGCAUCUGGGUGCUGACCGGCCACUGGCUGCUGAUGGACGCCAUGGGCAUGGGCCUUUGCGUGGCCUUUAUUGCGUUCGUGCGACUUCCCAGCCUGAAGGUGUCCACCCUGCUGCUGACCGGACUGCUCAUCUACGACGUGUUCUGGGUGUUCUUCUCGUCGUACAUCUUCAACACCAACGUGAUGGUCAAGGUGGCGACCCGGCCGGCGGACAACCCCGUCGGAAUCGUCGCGCGCAAGCUGAACCUGGGUGGAAUCGUGCGGGAACCGCCCAAGUUGAAUCUACCAGGAAAGCUGGUAUUUCCCAGUCUGCACAACAGUGGCCACUUUUCCAUGCUCGGCCUGGGGGACAUCGUGAUGCCGGGACUGCUGCUGUGCUUCGUGCUGCGCUACGACGCGUAUAAAAAGUCCCAGUGCACUCAGACGGCGGAAACGGGCGUGCCACCGCCGAGGGGGGUCGGCUCGAGGCUUACUUACUUUCAUUGUUCCUUAUUAGGUUAUUUCCUCGGUUUAUUAACCGCCACCGUUAGCUCGGAAGUAUUUAAGGCAGCUCAGCCCGCCCUGCUGUAUUUAGUACCGUUCACAUUGCUACCUCUGCUGACGAUGGCAUAUCUAAAGGGUGAUUUAAGGCGAAUGUGGAGCGAGCCGUUCAUCAUUCAGCAAGCAUCCAAGCAGUUAGAGGUUUAAGCUGUAAUUGCUUUUCUAAUGAACACACACACACACACAUACAUAUUUAGUAUUAAGGCUACGUUGAGAGAAUGCUGAACAAACCCUAGUGGAAGAGAGCAAGGAUUUUUAGCUUGUAAGGUACAUUAUACAUGUAAGAGCUAUUAGACAAAAAAACAAACAAACAAAGCAGUAAAAUGGAGCAGAAUCCUUUCUGGUAUGAGUGUAUUUAGUAAAACAAAUAAAAAACAUACAAAAUCACAAGCAAAGCGAACAAAAUUAAACUGCAGUCAACAUUUGGACACUUACUCUCUUGUGGCGCGGUGUGUGUGAAACAGAACAAAACUGAACAAAAAAAAAAACAGUGAAAUUAUAUGAACAAAAUAUAAUAGGAAAAAAAACCGUGAAUACAAACCACACACACACAGCUACAACAUUACAAGUUAGCGUUAGGAGCUAAACACAUAAAUGUAAGAAAUAUUUUUGUGAAAUUUUUAUCAUUAGUUUCGUCAUUCGAAUACUAUAGCAAUACCGCGUGUAUGCAUUAAUUUAAACUAAAUCAGACAAAAAGGAGAAAAACAUACAAUUAAAUUAUCUUUACGGUAAGGCCCUUUUCAGAAGUUGGACUUUUGAGCAGGCUGAAACGUUAGAGCAAUUAUUUUUUAUACUCCGUUUGGCAGAUGCACACAUACACACAUGUAUUUUCCAGUAAGUUGGCUCUAGAAUUGUGUUAUUUAAUUAAUCGAAAAACACACGCGCCAGUCGAACCCAACAGCAAAGCCAGAGACAUUCAUCCACGCACUUUACAAGCAAAAAAAAGGCAAUUUCAUCAUCAUCCAAACUACCAUCAGCAGCCGCCGCUUUUAAAAAGCAUUGAGACAAAUGUUGUGUUCAAAGAGUAACGCGCCUCCCCCUCAGAAGAAAGCCCCUCCCAGUUAAGUCAAAUUAUUAGAGUGAGCUUGGUGAGUUUGUGUGAGACAUUGGAAAAUUCAGCAAAUUUCAAACAAAUCUCCCCUUUUCCUCCCCCAACACACAAACACACUCAUUCGUACGCUGCAAUCGAUCAUUUGCGAGCGGUGGCAUAUCUGCCACAUUUGCAUUCGUUUCCAAAUGGGACAGAUAUACGCGGUCGUCAAUAUGGUGAGCAUGGCAAAACAAAAUGUAAUGAUUAAAGAAUAUAAAAAAUGUGAUAAUUUUGUAUAAUUUCUGCACUCUCUGUGUAUGCCUAUCUCGAAUGUAUACUUUAUGAUUUUUUUUAUUAAAUAUAGAAAAGUCUGUUUAAAAUAGUGAAAUAAACAUCGUUUUGAACUUUCGACAGAA